AUGGUCCGGCAGUGGGUCAUUCAAACCUUUAGCCGUUCUGGCAGACGUGGCUUUGGAUGCCAAAACGAAUUCCUUGGAUACGCUGCCGUGCACAUGCCCGGGAACGGGAGGAGGAGGAGGAGGAGGAGGAGCAGGCGGAGGCGGAGGAGGAGGAGGCGCAGGGCGGGGCCAGCGGGCACUCACGGCGCGAGCGGCCUCGGCCCGCCCCCCCCCUUCGGGCACGUCACGGGCCGGCUCCGGGCCGCGGCCGCCUCCGCUGCCGCCGGGGACCUCUGCCGUGGCUCGCGGGUCCGCCGCGCGCGGAGGCGGCGCGGCCACGUCGUGCCGCUCCUCGCGGCCGUUCGCCUCAAGCGCUCGAGGGUGGCCGCACCAUGA